AUGGUUUGUCGUCAAUAUGCGGAUUUAUAUCGCCUUCGAUAUUCUCCUCGGGUGAGGUUUGAGCGUGAUGCGCUCGAGUAUUUUGAUGAUUUGACGGAGUUACGGGCGGCGAUGUCGGAUAGCGGAGCGAUUAUAACUGGAGGGUUUGCAUUACGAUGUAUAUGCGAUGGAGACUGGGAUGUGGCGGAUGUUGAUAUUUUCGUGAAAUGUGAUGGUGUGAUUCGGAUGCGCCAGCAUUUGACUUCAAAGGAAGGCUAUCAGCUGGACAGAGUCCGGGAGGGGGAGAUGUACUUUAGGAGCAAGUGUUAUGAUUUUACGCGGAUGCGGGUUGAUUCCAGUGGAAUUGAGCGGACGUUGAAAGUUCAAGUGGUGGAUACGGAGGAUAUUGUGCCGGAUGAGUAUAUUGUGGACAAUUUCUAUGGAAGUGCGGUGAUGAAUUUGAUAUCGAGUGAUUCGAUAUGUUGUGUGUUCCCACGGGCGACAGUGGGAAAAUAUUUGAUGCAGGUGAUGAAGGUGUACAGCCUUUCUGAAAGUGAAGAGCAGGGGAUGUUGAAGUAUGAGGGUCGGGGAUUCGAUGGUGUUGGAUGGAAUGACAUGGAUAGGUCAGAAAAGGAAUUCAGCGAGACGCGUCGGUUUGGCGACCGGAUGUGUUGGAAUGUUCCGUUGGGUGUUCGACGGAUGCCAAAGCGGCGAGUGAUCGGUGACGAUGACGUUGGACAGAGCCGGUUCGUGAUGGGAGAAUACCAGUCAAUGUUGUUGCCGAAGUGGAGUGAUUCAGUGUGUUGA